AAUGGGUGACCUGCUAACGACGGCCAUAUUAACGCAUGCGUAAAUCGAGCAUUCGUGUCCUUCGAGCCGGUUAGAAAGGUUUGUAGCUCGUGCUUAACUCUGUAAAUAUCUGUCUUUUCGAGCUUAUUUUUUAAAUUCUUUUUAUUGAAAAACAUUAAAGACGCUUCAAGGCGUUGUAUUUACGAUUUUCAUCUGUUAACUCUUUUUAUAUCGAGGAAUAAUUCAUUUGAUCUUUCAGAUUAAUUUUUCCCAGGACGUAUAGGAAAAUUGAAUAACAAUGAAUUCCUGCAUGAGUUUAGCCCCAUUAGCAAGAAACGUGGUCUUGAGAUCAUGCUUAAAACCGAACCUCGGUGCCACUGUUGUCCAAUUUCAAUCGGCCAACGGAAAGCUCGACUUGGCUCAGGUCAGAUGUAUUCAAACAUCGACCGUCCAAAGAGACAUCGAUCAAGCCGCUAAGUACAUCGGAGCCGGAGCUGCUACCGUUGGAGCAGCUGGAUCAGGUGCCGGUAUCGGAUCCGUUUUCGGCUCGCUAGUUAUCGGUUAUGCUAGAAAUCCGUCAUUGAAGCCUCAACUGUUCUCCUACGCCAUCUUGGGUUUCGCCUUGUCCGAAGCUAUGGGUCUAUUUUGCUUGAUGAUGGCCUUCCUCAUCUUGUUUGCUUUCUAG